AGCUGAAGAGCCCUCAAUAGAAAGUACAAAAAUGUAUGUGACACGGCCUCUUUCAAUCUACUCAAAAUCUACUGAAGCUAUCCUUACGCCACCACUGGAAGGUCCGAAUUCUGGUUAUUUGGUGGUCGCCGACGAAGAAUAUGAGGUGGAGGCGACAUGUUGCUGGGGGCUGUGUAAAGAUAACAAGCUCCAAAACCUACCUUUCCCUCAGAACAAGAUCCUGACCGUCCGCCACACCGAGCACCAUGGCGAGAACCAAACAUUAUACUGUAAUAAAGCCUACUUCAUCCCAGUUCUUGAUCAGCCAUUGUCUUCCAAUCGAUACUAUGUUAUAAGGGCAGCUGGGAAGCACAAAGGGAAUGCAUGCACAUGUUCAAGGGAGGAAGACAUGAACACAUGUUGUUUUUGCAUGUGUGUCAAUGAUGUGAAGCCCAAACCUCUAGACCACAGGGACAUGUAUCAACAGGUAGAGAUCAUUCGCCGACGUUGUGGUCGCUUUGUCGCCAAAUCCAUCACACCAGAUGGUUUCCCUCCACUGUUCUUGAGAAGAAAAGGAUGGGAGGUAUACACAAAAACUCCGCAUGACUUCCAACUAGGAGAGGCUCAUGGUGUCGAUCUCUCUCUUCGCACCCAUCGGCCAAGAUUCGACUUCCCAAUCUCUAACAAGCGUUCGAUGAACGUUGUAGUAGGAAAGUGGUACAUCCCUUUCAUGUUCAUUAAGGAAGAUGGUACUAGCUCAAAAGAUCAAAUGAAAAAGUCCAUGUUUUAUGAGAUGUAUCUGGAACAGAUGUGGGAGGAGAUCCACAUGUGUGAGAACCACAGCACCAAGCAGAAUGUCGUGGUAGUGAAUACGACUGUGAGAAGGGAGAAGGCUAUGGUCUCUGGUCAGGAAACCAUCCCACGUGUGGUUGAUGGGGCGAUGUGGUUAAGUGGUCCACCAAACAGCAUGGGUGUCGGAUUGAGUAUGGCAGUUGUAGAUAGAAUGAAAUGGGAAGCUUGUAAAGGAGGUUGGAUUGAUGGGAAUGAGAGAGAUUUGAAGGUGGAGAGAGUCGAAGAGUUUGGAGGAGUGAAUGGAUGGAGGAAGUUUGGUUGUUAUGUGUUGGUGGAGAGGUUUGUUUUGAGAAGGAUGGAUGGGAGUUUGGUGAUAACUUAUGAGUUUAGUCACACUCAUGUGAUUAGAUCCAAGUGGGAGUAG